UUCUCUCCUCUACCUGGGCGGAGGGGAGGGCCCCGGUGCAGGAGCCAAUCGGUGACGAGGAGGCGGCUGUACGAGCCGUCCAAUCGGGUGAGCCCGACGGGAGCGGACUUCCGGUGUCAUAGCGCCCAAGCGCGCGUCCCCAGUAUGGCGCUGAGAGUCCCCCGCCAGCUCAGCUUUCUGUGACUUCUGCCGGCCGCCGGCAGCACUCGGAGGACUCGGAGACCGGGACCCGCGCGAUGGUGAAGUUGUGGGGCCGAGGCGGGCCGGGGCGGAGUCAGGAGGCACUGACCUUCGAGGAUGUGGCUGUGAACUUCAGCAGGGAGGAAUGGGCUUUGCUGGAUCCAUCCCAAAAGAAGCUCUACAGAGAUGUGAUGUGGGAAACCUUUAGGAACCUGGCUGCCAUAGGAAGAACCUCAGAUGAGCAAAUUGAAGAUGAGUACAACACUUGCAGGAAAAGUCUAAGAAGUGAAGAGGGAGAGAAAUCCUGUCAGUAUAAAUUAUGGUAUGACAGUGGAGAAAUGGUUGUUUGGACUUCAGGUACUAAUUCACACAUGAAACAGGUUUGUAUACAAUCAGGUGAAAGCCUUUCCUCUAGAAGGCCCCUCCUUGGUCAUUUGUCAGCAGAUGGGCCCGUGAUGGCUAACACUGAACUCAAAUCGCAUGAGCAGCAGGGAUUUGAAGAGAAGCUGUGUAACUGUAACAAGCAUGGGACAACUUGCACAAAACUCCAGUCCUUUCAAAAAUGUGCAAAGACAAGUCCUCUGGAGAAACCCCAUGAAUAUAUGCCAUGUGAAAAACCCUACUCUGAUAGUACUGAAGAAUGUACUGUUGAAGAAAAGCCAUUUGUAUGCAAGCAAGAUGUAAAAUCCUACAGUACACCCAGCGGUGGUCAUACUGGGAGGAAAUGUCACAGUGAAAUGAAUACAUACAGUUGUAUACCACGUGGAAAAGGUUUUGAUUCUCACCAUGGUAUUUGGAAACAUGCAAAAGCUCACACUGGAGAAAAACCCUAUUUAGGUAAACACUAUGGAAAAGCCACUAACAACAGUUCAUUUGGUAAUUAUGACAGCACUCACAUUGGGGAGAAACCCUAUAUGUGUAAGCAAUGUGGGAAAGCUUUUGGCACAAAAUAUAAUUGCCAAAUUCAUGAAAGGAGGCACACUGGGGAGAAACUCUAUGUAUGUCAGCAAUGUGGGAAAGCUUUCAGCAGACAAUAUAGUUGUCAAAUACAUGAAAGGACUCACACUGGGGAGAAACCCUAUGAAUGUAAGCAGUGUGGGAAAGCUUUCAGCACACAAAGUUAUUGUCAAAUACAUGAAAGAACUCACACUGGGGAGAAACCCCAUGUAUGUAAGCUAUGUGGGAAAGCUUUUAGCACAAACAAGGAUUGUCAAAGACAUGAAAGGAUCCACACUGGAGAGAAACCCUACAUAUGUAAGCACUGUGGGAAAGCUUUCAGCACACACAGUCAUUGUCAAACACAUGAACGAAGUCACACUGGGGAGAAGCCCUAUGUAUGUAAGCAAUGUGAGAAAGCUUUCAGCACACAUGGUAGUUGUCACAGGCAUGAGAGAAGUCACACUGGGGAGAAACCCUUUGUGUGUAAACAGUGUGGGAAAGCUUUCAUUAUACAAAGUCAUUGUCAAACACAUGAACGAACUCACACUGGGGAAAAACCCUAUGUAUGUAAACAAUGUGGGAAAGCUUUCACAACGCAAAGUCAUUGUCAAAAACAUGAACGAACUCACACUGGGGAGAAGCCCUAUGUGUGUACACAGUGUGGGAAAGCUUUCACUACACAAAGUUAUUGUGAAAUACAUGAAAGGACUCACACUGGGGAGAAGCCCUAUGUAUGUUCACAAUGUGGGAAAGCUUUCAGCACACAAAGUUAUUGUGAGAUACAUGAAAGAAUUCACACUGGGCAGAAAUCUUAUAUGUGUACGCAAUGUGGGAAAGCUUUCACCACACAAAGUUACUGUGAGAUACAUGAAAGAAUUCACACUGGAGAGAAACCCCAUAUAUGUAAGCAAUGUGGGAAAGCUUUCAGCAGAAAUAAGGAUUGUCAAAUACAUGAAAGAAGUCACACUGGGGAGAAGCCCUAUGUAUGUAAGCAGUGUGGGAAAGCUUUCAGCACACAUGGUAGUUGUCAGAGGCAUGAAAGAAGUCACACUGGGGAGAAACCCUAUGUAUGUAAGCAAUGUGGGAAAGCAUUCAGCACACAUGGUAGUUGUCAAAUACAUGAAAGAACUCACACUGGGGAAAAACCCUAUGCAUGUAAACAAUGUGGGAAAGCUUUUAGCACACGUGGUAGUUGUCAAAGGCAUGAAAGAAAUCAUACUGGGGAAAAACCAUAUGUAUGUAAGCAAUGUGGGAAAGCUUUUAGCACAAGUGGUGUUUGUCAAAGGCAUGAAAGAAACCAUAAUGUGGAGAAAACCCAUGCAUGUAAGCUGUGUGGGAAAGCCUUCAGGACAUACUAUCAUGGUCAACUACAUGAAGCAACACACUCUAGAACUACUCUAAGCCAUAUGAAAAUACAUUCACUACAUACAUGUACUGUCAUACAUGAAGUGAAUUAGACUUGGGAGCAUUAUUAUUUGUGUAAUACUGCAGAAGGCCUUGAACACAUUAGAAAAUAAGUAAGAAAAUUAACAACCUACACAGUCAUGCCAACAGCAGUCAGCCUGGAGAGAAGCUCUUUCUUGUACAGUAUAAAACCUCUUUCACCAAGACCUGUCAUGUAAAGGUACAAGAUCCCAAUGAUGAAUGUAACUUCCCUGUAUACCUAAAAUGUACCAGUAAACUCAAUGAGGAAAAAAAAUAAACCUUUCAGUUCUCACAGGUAUUAUUACAUAUGUGAAAGAAUUCAUAGUGAAGAGAGUCUGCACAUAAGUGAACAAUAUGAGAAAGUAUUUUCUCAAUUCAAACGCAUGAAAGAGGAGCUGAGGAUUUAGCUCAGUGGUUCUGCCACCUGCCUCGCAGGUACAGACUUGAGUUCGAUCCCCAGAACCAGAAAAAAAAAAAGAAGUCACACAAAAGGGAAGAUACAUAGAUUAUAUUUAUAUAGAUAUAUUUGAAAUACAUGAAAGAACUCCCACUGAAGAGAAACACUGUAAAUAAUGUAAAAAAGUAUUAAUGUGCUUCCCAUAACUUGUACAAAUUCAUAGCAGCAAUACAAAUACAGAACAUGAAAAGUUCAUUUUUACAUGACUUGUCAUGAAAUAGCAUUACACAGUGGAGAAGUUCAUGUCAGUGUAUAUCAUGAAAAAACCUAGAGUCAUUUUGGUUUAAUAUUGCAAAUACAGCAUUGUGCAAAAACAUUAAGGAAUGUACACAGGUUCAGAUGUCCUGCACGUAAGAGUGAAUAAUGUAUCAAAUCCCUUUGAAUGUAAGAAGUUCUGUUAUAACUCAUCUUCAAAAUCUUGAUCACUUCUCAUGUAGUGUAAAACUAUAAAUGUUAGACAAUUAAAGCUGAGAUGUCAGUGCUGAGAAUUUAGCUCAGAAGUGCUGCUGCCUGCCUCAUAAGCACAAGGUUCCAAAUUCGAUCCCUGGUACCAAAAAGAAAAAAUGAGAUGUCAAUUAUUGCUCCAGAGAACACUAUCAAGCCAGACAUGGUGGUGCAUGCCUAUAAUCACACCACUCAGGAGGCUGUGACAGGAGGAU